UCUCCACGUUUAGGCAAACACACAAAGUAGACAAACGCGAGUCGAUGAAAUGCGGUUAACGUGGUCUGAGUAGCGUGGAGGACUGAACAAUCGUGGAGGCCGAAACUUGUGUGCCGGCUUGCGUGAAUGUGCUUGUAAGAGAUCUUUCUAGGCGAGAGCGUUAGACUGGUGACUGAAGUCAAGCUCGCGACUAAAACUGCGCUCGUAAGUGCUACCGACAGCGAUGUCGGCGUGUGUUGAGGACGUGGCCCGGCUUUCUUUGAAUGACUGCGGCGAUCAAGCGAACACAAAAGCUGCUGAUGAAGACGUGGUGAAUCCGUGGAAUGUGGUCAGUGCGUCGGCGACUGGCAUCGACUAUGACAAGCUGAUCGUGAAGUUCGGCUCGUCGAAGGUGACGCAAGACCUCGUGGACAGGAUUGAGAGCCUUACGGGGAAGAAAGCGCACCACUUCCUUCGGAGAGGUGUUUUCUUUUCGCACAGGGAACUGAAUGAGAUUCUAAACGCAUAUGAGCAAAAGAAGCCAUUCUACCUCUACACAGGGAGGGGCCCGUCUUCCGAUGCCCUGCACAUUGGUCACCUGAUCCCUUUCAUCUUUACCAAGUGGCUUCAGGACACCUUCGAUGUGCCUCUGGUAAUCCAGCUCACUGAUGACGAGAAGUUUUUAUGGAAAGACAUGACGGUGGAGGAGACGGAGAAGAUGGCCCAUGAAAACAUGCGAGACAUCAUCGCCUGUGGCUUUGACCCCGCGAAGACAUUCAUCUUCACAGACUUUCAGUUCGUGGGGAGGUGCCCCGAGUUCUACAAGAACAUUGUGAGGAUACGGCGAGGUGUCACCUUCAACCAGGUCAAAGGAAUCUUUGGUUUCGGUGACAGCGACUCCAUCGGCAAGAUUAGCUUCCCGGCUGUCCAGGCUGCGCCAGCACUGAGUUCAUCCUUUCCAUUCAUCUUUGGAGAGAAGAACCGUGUUCCAUGCCUCAUUCCUUGUGGAAUCGACCAGGAUCCUUAUUUCCGGAUGACGCGGGAUGUGGCACCCAAGCUGGGCUUCCCCAAGCCUGCCCUGCUGCACUCGGUGUUUUUCCCGGCACUGCAGGGGGCACAGAGCAAGAUGAGUGCCAGUGACCCCAACUCAUCAAUAUUCCUCACCGACACCCCUGCCCAGAUCAAGAACAAGAUCAACAAGUAUGCCUUUUCUGGAGGUGGUGCAACCAUUGAGGAACACAAGGAGAAAGGAGGCAACUGCGAUGUGGACAUAUCGUACCAGUAUCUCCGCUUCUUCCUCGAUGAUGACGAAAAGCUGGAGCAGAUUCGCAAGGAUUACACAAGUGGAGAGCUGUUGACGGGCUACCUGAAGAAGGAAUUGAUCGGCAUCCUGCAGAAGAUCAUUGCUGACCACCAAACAGCCAGGAAAGCUGUCACCGAUGAUGUCAUAGCCAAGUUUACAACUCCAAGGCCACUAGAAGUCAAGCGUCUAUGUUAGAUGCCUUGCUGUACAGUGUGCAUUCUCCAACUUAAGUUGCGGUGAUUACCUCCCAUAUGCAGGGAGUUUAUGUGGGUUGCAAUUGCGUAUUGUAAUGCAAACUUUUUCGUAAGAAUUAUUAGAUGAUGCCAGUGCACAGCGGCUUUUGUUUUUAUUUGCUGCUUUGAGGAGUGCCUUGGUGGAGCAACUCCAUUUUGACUCCAGUGCGAGCAUGUGACCAGAUUGGGUCACUUUGAAAGCAUUAAGAAUUAAGGUGUGGAAAUGGGAAGCAUGAUUAUGUGACAUCUGGUGCAUACUGUAGUAACAUUUCUGUAAGAAUUUCAAGUUUAUGCCAAAGAAUAUUCACCUUUUCGUUUCAUUUGCUGCAGAGUAAAAAGGGACUUGGCAGGAAAACUUUAUUUUUACUCCAGUGAGAACAGUUAACCAGAUAAGGUCACUUAGAAAGAAUGAAAAUUAAGACUGAGAAGUGGGAUGAAGCACUUGUCAAUUGGUGCAUUGCAAUGUGACACUUGUGUAAAAAUUUUCGGUUUAUGCCAAAGCUGUCUCCUUUAUUUUGUUUGCCGUAGAAUAAAGGGAUAGCUUGUGGAGAAGCUACCGUAUUUACACGAUUGUAAGUCGACUCGAAUGUAGGUCGACCCCCCCCCCCCCCCCCCAAAUUGCUUGCCUCAAAAAAAAGGGGGGGGGGAGAAAAACCACGCUAGUGCAUUCGCACAAGGGAAAUUUAUUGACGGGGUUGCUAAGACUACUCAUCGUCACUAGAGUCGACCUCACUGGCACUGCUGCCGUCAGAGCUGUUGCGGUCCCACAGCACGUCGUCAUCAAGUGCAAGUCCACACUUCGCGAACGACCGCACCACGACAUCGCGAGGUACAGCUGCCCACGCAGAGAGGACCCACCCGCACACAGUAGCCAGGGAGGCCAAAUUUCCUCGUGCUGAAGCCGCCACUGCCGCACCACACGUUCACUGACUCCAAACUUGCGUCCCGCUGCGCAGUUGUUAGUUUCCUCGGCAUGGAGGAUAGCAGCCCGUUUGAACGCUGCUGUGAACGAGCGGCAAAAGUUCUUGGCACUCAUGACAGGCGCGACGAUUCAGCACAACAGCAGAAGGGACGGAUGCGCGCGGCCGUCGAAAACAAUCGUAUCUCAAAGAAAAGCUCUUCCGCCAACUACUAAUACCCCCCAAACAACGGCUCAUCCGCCAACUACCAUACCCCCCUAACUGACGGCUCUUCCGCCAACUACCAAUACCCCCCAAACGGCGGCUCUUCUGCCAACUACCAAUACCCCCCAAACAGCGGCUCUUCCAUGAUCGAUGCUCCCACAAGAGCCGGCUCUUGUGGGAGCUGUGCGGCUCUUUUGAUUGCUCGUGGUGCGCGCAAUCAAAAUGUAUGCAAUACGGUAAAUUAAUACGCUACGCUUCUACCGUAACCAUGGAAACGUAGGUGCAAGGUUGUAACCAUGCCGUAGCGCCCCUGAUUUCCCGUUUCUCUUGCCGCUACUAGCGGUACACGGUUCGGUUUCGAUUCUAAGUCGACCCCCCAACAUUGGAUUGUCAAAUUUGAAAAAAUGGGUCGACCUACAAUUGUGUAAAUACGGUACCUUUUUACUUCAGGCUGAGCUGACAACAGGAUAGAAUCAUUGGAAAUCAUGAAUUAAGACUUCGAAGUAGGAAGCAUAAUUUAGUAGCAUUUGGUGCAUUGUAAUGAGGCAAUUUGUGUAAGAAUUUUUGGUUUAUACCAAAGUACAAUCUUUUUUCUUUUUGUUUGCCACAAUGUAAGGGGAAUCGAUUUCACAGAGGAACUUUAUUUUGAAUCCCAUUUCGCCAGGCGACCAAUUGAAAUCUCUUACUUGGAAAUCAUGACGAAUUGAAACAUAGAAAUGCAAAGCAUGAUGAAAUGGCAUUUAGUGCAUGAUCACAGUUUUGUAAAAGUCUUUGGUUUAUGCCAAAACACUAUCUCUUUUUGUUUAUCAUGAAGCAGAGAUACUCCAUUUUGAUUACAAUCAGGGAACCAGAUAAGGUCACUUGAAAAAUGUGAUGAACUAAGGCCCAGAAGUGGGCAGCAGGAUGUGACACCAGGCGGCAUGGAACUGAAACGGGCACCAAGCUGUUUGAUUGUUAUGGGAACCUUGGUAAAAGUACAGUUGCCUUUUCUUUCAUCAAAUGGUGCUAGCACGUGACGGCCUCCCAGUGACUCAGUAUGUUUUUGAUGUCAGGUACUGCAAGAUAGUGGAUUUUCUCUUCUGAAAUGUUUCUUUUCCAGUGCAUCCUGUGCAAUGAAAUGUGCACAGUUGGAUGCUGCAGAUUUACAAGCGUUAACUUUUUUGUAAUUGCAAUUGAAUGAUGUGCUGGGGGUACUGUGCUUUCAGUGUCUGUGGAGAAACAUUUUUGUCUUGCACGGGAGCACUGCCUUCCAAGUCAACAGCUUGCUGAAAAAGAAGUGUUUGAAUGAGGCUCGAUAAAUAAAAGCACUUUUUUAAUGCGCCAA